AUGUUUGACACCCUUCGCUCCAUUAGGCGGCAGGCCGACGCCAUGCAGGGGGAGGCACAGGAAUACAGCCUCUCCUCCGCUGCCGCGCCCCACACCACCGACAAGCUUGGCUGGGUGUUCCCACAUCUAUGUCACAUCAACCGACGUCAGCGGGCCUUAGACAGUAAGGUAGAGGAAGACAGAGAUAUCCAAGGCAAACGUGCGGGGCCGGGCGGCGACGCUCGCGUCGCCGCCGCUGGACCACCCAUGCGCUAUCAAGUCGCGGAGGUCUGCAUGCGCUACUCCCAACCCUUGGCAGCUACUGCGUUAGCCGGCUCGCAGCGCAGUGGUGCUGGGGUCACUACUCUGUUCUCUACCUCGGGAGUCCUCUGUGAAGCGUCCCGGGACGAUGCCGAGCUGUCAAUCGUGAGGGACGGGCUUCCAGCGUGUACCUUGUGGGGGUCUGUACUUCGCCUGUGGUGCUCCUCACGCGGAGACUGCCCAAAGCUGCGCACUCUCGCUGCUGCCCAGCUGCAGUGCCUCUCUCCGAGUGACAAACCGGUGGCAGCAGAUGAUGACGACGACACAGAGCGCAUGGCUGCUGCCUUGUGGGCGGGAGCGCCAGACAAGCUGCGGCAGCUCCUGGACGCGGCAGGCAUGGGCAAGAACAGCGACGUCUCGUCCGAGGGACGAGCAGGGAGACACACAAAGCCCUCGCGCACAGGCUUGCCAGCGGCAAGGAACGCGCCGUGUCAGAGGCGUCCUCGCAGUCCUGCAGAACACCACACUGACGAAGUACCUCAAAGGGCUCGUCUCGAUGCAGCCAUCAACAUUGCUCGGGCUGAAAGCGGCAGUGCCACCAGCCCCCUUGUCCCACCCCUCCCCCUCCAGGCAACCCCUGCCCGUGCCCAGGCGGCCGCCUCACGGCCACGCUCACGAACUCCUUCGUCGCGUAGCCGCUCACAGUCGCCGCCGCCGCCGCCCUUGCCCGUCGCGCCGGCCGACCACUUUGCCGCGGCGGCACGCACACGCCAGUCCGCCUUCUCUUUUACAGUGCGAAUCGGUGAGAGCAGUGGCAGCACCGCGACUGUCAGAGGAGCUGUUGCACCAAAGUCCCAGCAGCAGCAGCGAUCACAGCAGUGGGUAGACGGCGACGUGAGUGAUGUGGUUGAAAUGACUGAGAGUCGUGCCGGAAUAGUUGGCGGCACGCCACGCUCGCACGAGGGACCACCGCAGUCGCAACAGGAUCUUCCUAUCGUGUCGCCGUCUGGGCCGCUUCGCCAGAAGACCCUCGCGGCACUCAUCAGCUGUAGUGGGCUCUCCACACCGCAGCAAUACCAACAGCAGCAACCUCUGCCACCCACCUCGGCUGCGAAGCGCUCACCAUGGCUGAACCAACCGCCGCCGCAGCAGCUGUACUCUGCUGCCCCCUCCAAAGCUCCACCGUACGAGUACGACCUGCGCCACAGCAGCAGAGUCAACGGGGUCAUUGAGGGAGGGGAUGAGAGGAACUCACGUGCCCCAACGGUAACACCAAGUGGUGAAGGCUACCUGGCGCUGAACAGCAGCAGCCCAUCCGCGACUGUUGGCAGCUUCGUUACAGCUGGUGAGCAGCUCCUGGCAGACGUCCGGCAAGGACGUGCCAUGUGCUCCGCGUAUCUCAGCAAGCGGUCUCCAGCCCUCGGGCUGCGGCGAAACACCGGCUUUCAGCCUCCGUACCACCAACAGCAGCCCAAGGCGCCAGCAGGCGCAACUGAUGUACACACUGCGCUGAACAGCAUUACGGCGCCUUCUGCAGGCAAGACCACCGGUGGCACAAACCGAGCAACUGGGUCGGCAAGUGGCGCUGGCGGGGUCCGCGGCACGGGAAGCGCCGCCACCGCGAGCCACAACCAAGGCGAUGGGGACGACGACAGUGGAGGCUACCCGGCCUCCCUGCUGCUGCCAGACGGCUCUGUCCCACCGAUCCUCCUGCCGCUCGACCCGAAGCUCGUGACGCAGGUCGCAAUGGAAAUACUGGAGCACGGCGCUGGUGCGCGACAGGUGGGCUGGGACGACAUCGCAGGCCUGCAGCACGCCAAGGCGAGUGUGGAGGAGGCAAUCGUGUGGCCGCUGCGCCGCCCAGACCUGUUUGUAGGACUGCGCGACCCACCGCGCGGACUGCUACUCUUCGGCCCACCCGGCACUGGAAAGACGAUGAUUGCCCGCGCCAUCGCCAACCGCGCGGCGUGUACCUUCCUGAACAUUUCUUCCUCAUCGCUCAUGUCGAAGUGGGUCGGCGAUGGCGAGAAGCUCGUGCGCUGCCUCUUCGCCGUCGCAACUGUGAAGCAGCCGAGCGUCAUCUUCAUUGACGAAAUCGACUCGCUUCUGUCCAUGCGCGGCGAGGGGGAGGCGGACUCGGCACGGCGAGUCAAAACAGAGUUUUUGGUCCAGCUAGACGGUGUGGCGACCGACCGCGGCGACAGAGUACUCCUGAUCGGGGCAACAAACCGACCCGACGAGCUGGAUGAAGCCGCAAGGCGGCGCAUGGAGAAGCGGCUCUACAUCCCGCUGCCGGACAAGGCGGCUCGACGGGAGCUGAUUCAACGCCUUUUCAAGUCGCUUGCUCCGGGUGAAGCAGACGAGACAGGCGACGCUCGAAAUGCUGGUGAGGCUGCCAGCUCCCCCACCACAACAGUAGCAGCUCGAGUCACGCAUACACUUACCGACGCCGACCUGGACAGUCUCGUGUGCAGCACUGAGGGCUACUCCGGCGCCGACCUCAAACAGCUGUGCAGGGAAGCCGCCAUGGGGCCCCUUCGUGAGGUAUCGGUCAUGCAGCUCAGCGCCGUGGCAGCUGCCGAUCUCCGACCGGUGCAACGCAAGGACUUCAGGCAAGCCCUGAAGCGUCUGAAGCC